AUGGACUUCGCCAAGCUCAUGUCCGCGCAGAUUGAAAAGAGCAAAACCCCCUCGACGUCGGCCGACUCAUCCAAGAAGUACCUGAAGCGCUCCGAGGUCGAAGCCCAGCGUCAAGAGGCUUACCUUGCCGAACAGAAGAAAGCCGAACAAGAACGCCUAGAGAAGCUCGACAGGAAACGCAAGCUCGAGGAGGAAGAACAGGAGCGCGAGGCCGAGCGCCAGGAGAAGAAGCGUCGGCUGGCCGAGCACUCGCGGAAGCUACGCGAGGAGGAAGAGGAGGCCGAAGAGCGCGAGCGUCGAAAGCGCCUGGGACUGUCCGAGCUGCCACCGAAGAACAAGGACGGCGAGAAGGAGGACACGCCGUUGCGCGAUGGGGAGCAGGACAUGGCCGAUGACGAGCUGGUGGAGAAGCUCCGUGCGCUCGGAGAACCCGCACGACUGUUUGGAGAGACGCACAGGCAGCGGUUGAAGCGCUACAAGAGGCUUACCGGGCAGUCGGCAGUGGCAAAGCUCUACGACGGCCCGAUCCCCACAGCGCUGGAGCCCGUACCUGGAGGACAAAUGCUGGUGGCGGGCACGCUGCCAAGUGACGAGGAGGGCAAGAAGUUCCUUGGGCGACAGCUUGGCUCAUACUUCAACAUGGUGCUACUGGAGUGGGAUAUCGCGCUGAGCCAGCGCGAGGAGGGCGUCAAGACCAGCUUUCAGGGAAAGCAGGCAUACAACUCGAUGGUGCAGGCCAAGGAGAAUCUGCGGCCGCUGUUCCGAAAGCUCGAGAAGAACGAGGUCGACGACAGCGUGCUAGAGGCAGUGGUUGAGAUUGUCAAAGCAGCGCAGGACAGGCGUUACGUGGACGCCAACGACGGCUAUCUCCGUCUUAGCAUUGGCAAGGCUGCCUGGCCCAUUGGGGUUACUAUGGUUGGUAUCCACGAGCGUUCGGCACGAGAGAAGCUGCACGAAAGCGACAAGGCGACGGCGCAUAUCAUGAGUGACGAGACGACAAGAAAAUACCUGCAGAGCAUCAAGCGAUGCCUGAGCUUCGCGCAGACAAGAUGGCCACCGCACGAUCAGCUGCAGCUCAUGGGGUAA